CUAAAGCCUGUCGCAUUGCAGCCACAGAAACAGGCAGCUUACCUCUGCAGCCAGAGUGUUUCGUUAUCUCAGGCUUCUGCAGUUCUGGAUUAUUUGUUGCGAGAGCUUUGUGGCCGAGGAGAGGAGACAAUGUAGAGCGAGUGAUGGCGAAGGUAGCGCGCAGAACGUAUCAGUUUUCGUUGCUAGAAUUAUCAAAUUGGAGUAACCGGGGUGGCUGAAAGAAUGGUGGGUGGUAUACCCACGACCGGCAAGCUGACCUGGCCAAAGGCGAAGACUCUGCCGGUGUGUUACGCAUACGGUGUGUUUCUUGCCGUUCGCUGGAGGGAUUAUUUUCCUCUCGUUAGCAGCGUGCCUACACUACAGUUGGGUCAGGCUAGUCUGCAGCAGGCGAGCGAGCGUGCAGCCUCUAUCAACACCAAAAGCGUACACCAUGGCUAGUAUGGCAUCAAGCAAGCGACGUGUUUGGUAGUCUUGUGCGUGGAACGGUAGCACCCACACGGUCAGUUACGGUAUGAUUGUGCACGAAAUGCGGUAAGCACCGAAAAAAGAAUUCUGAUUCAAAGACGUCGCAGUCAGAGCUGACAAACCCACCGAGGAAGAGAGCGAGAAUACGCCGCUGACGGGUCGCUGGUCGAGCUGUGGCUGUGUGAGAGUGUAAUCGUAGUAGUGUGUAACAGACUCAGUGUGUCCGUAGCAUGCAAUAUCCACGGAGAACACCACUACUGCCUGCGAGUGAUGGCAGUAACUCGACAUCUCCACAGCGCCUCAGCAACGCUAGUUUGUUACCAGGAGCAAUAAGGGACGAUGAAGAACAGCUCCAUCCUACCAGAGUACAUCCCCUGCUGAGUGAGGUCAGUCGUGGUGUUCAAGACACGACCUUUACAUAUGAACCGGCAACAGGACCAGUACAACAACACCAACAACUGACAAUGGCGAGCUCUAACUCAGCAGCCCCGGCGGCGGCGGGGGAGGGACAAGGUCUUGCAGACGGCAAUGCACGUCCAACUUUGCUCAACAGACCACGCACAAGUCUGCGUCGCUCCAAGGUGGCAGGUGAGCAACUCCGAUCCGAGAUCAUGGUGCAGGCCAGAAAGAGCGUUUCACACGAUGUAACGGAUGGAAAACCGGCGAAAGGUUCAACAUCAUCUACUGGUGCAGCACCAGAGUCACCACUGUUCAUCCCCUCUCCCAAGGCUAUACCGACUGACAACAAUGUCCCACUGCAACGCUUUCCCGACCCAGUUCCUACCAAGAAAAAGGGAGUGAUUCUCACUAGAUGGGGAAGGAUCAAGAAGUGGUAUGAGCGCCAACAGAGGUCUGAUCUCAACCCAGUGUUUCGACAGCGAAUCAAAAACAUUGAGAGUCAUUACGGGAGUGGCUACGCGUCGUUCUUCACAUUUCUCCGAUUCAAUUUGAUGCUCGACCUUGCUCUUGUGGUGCUGUGGUUCCUGUUAGUCAUAUUCCCAACAGCCCUUUCCUUUGAUUACGAUGGUGUAUCGCAAAGUUUCCACUUGCAAAACUUGUUCGACGGAACGGGCUACCUGGGAGAGUUAUGGCUGUUCUACGGUGGUUACAAGUCCACAACACUGGGAUAUCAUGUGGACUUCUUCUAUCUGUGUAUGAUCUACAUGACGUUCUUUGGUACCAUGUUGCUGGUGCUGAGAAAGAUAAUAAGUGCCCUGAGCUCAAAAGGAUCGCUGGUGCACUCUGAGCAAAGUGAGCUGUUCUCAUCCAUGAUACUGACAUCAUGGGACUUCUCACUCGCCACUAAUCGAGGUGUAACACAAAUGCAACGCGCUCUACGCAACACGCUAGAGGACUGCCUUGCUGAAGCAAAUCGACAGAAGUGUAUGCUUAUCCGUACAAGGAAGGAAACCUACAAACUAUACGCGCGUCGUUGCCUCAUGUGGACACUCACUGUUAUCGUGAUGGGAGGUGCUAUUGCUGCAGUAUAUUUCACCGUCAAGCAUGACACAGAAAACAAAAUUAAGGGUGGAUCUACAAGUAUAGUAGACACGUACGGUCCAUCAAUAGUCUUCAGCGCCAUCAACGCUAUUGUCCCCACUAUCCUAGAAUUGCUUGUCGUCUGGUCAAAGUACAGCAGCUCCAAAGUGGACAUUAAUGUCACCAUAGGAAAGGUGUUCACCCUACGUAUAGUGAACAUUGGGGCCUUCAUGGCCGGGCUGAUUGUGGAAGUCAACAAGGAGGAUACGACUGUUGGUUGUGGUGGUACGUACAUAGGGCAAUCUCUGUAUCGACUUGUGAUCAUAGAUACACUGUCUACGGCUGCAUCGAGGCUACUCAUCGAUUACUUGUACUUCUACUGGUUUAACCGCCGUCGGGAACUGUACGUAUCACAAGGAGUCCUCAAUGUCCUGUAUCGACAAGCUUUGAUAUGGCUUGGUGCCAUGUUUGCACCCGUUCUUCCAUUUAUGGGAGCUGCCUCAUUGCUUCUCUACUUCAUCGUAUACUAUAACAUAGUGAUGGAUACGAGCAGUCAUCCGGAGAAGCGCUACAGCCAGUUCAACAGAGAUAACACAUUCUAUCUGGGGCUGAUGCUGCUGACACUGUUCUUCGUUGGAAUACCUGGAUCACUUGUCACCACUAUAACAUUUGUUAACAUCGGUAGUUCUGCCUUUGUGAAUGGCACGCGUCUGACUGCCACACAAUGUGGACCAUUCGACGUUCUACCAGCAACAAAGGCAUACAGUCGUCUGUCUCUGACUCUACCGACUUGGCUGGAUGAGAUCCUAGAGACACUGGAUUCUGUAGCCGUGCUGGUGCCUGUACUAUUCCUGCUACUAAUCAUCAUUUACUAUCAGCUGAAGCGGCUGGCGUAUGAACGUGACCGUGUGAAGCAAAUCAACCGUCAGUUAGAUCAGGAAAUGCGAUUCAGUCGGCAGCUGUUGCAGACCUCUUCAUCAACAGGUGCAGUGCUGAAAAACCCAUCUGCAAGUGAAUGAGAAUUGGUUACGUCAUACUGUCACUUGGUUACGUCAUACUGUCACCUGGUUACAUCAUAAUUAUUGUCACCUGGCCUUACGCUGAGCAGAUGUGCAAUGCUGUCUUUGACAGUCUGGUGUCUGUGUGCGCUACAGUGUCUCGUCACCACUGAAUCUAGUCCCUGCUACUGCUAUUGCAACUGCUGCUGUUGCUGCGGCUGUUGCUGCUGCUGUUGCUCGUCUAUGAUCAGUAGCUGUACACAGUGAACAAGUGUCUGGUCAGAGCAUACUAUACUCUAAAGUUAUGUUGCACAGCCCGUGUUACCUAUGUACACUGUCAAAUCUCUCUGCUUAUGGUAUGUUGGCAUGGCUGCAUGAUUGUGGCCAAUUGUGGCUA